CUCGACGCUCUUCCCCACAUCUGCCUUUGGCGCCGUAGCCGCGGUCAGGUUGCUGUCACUCAGCCGCUGUCAGUGUCGGGCCCGCGGCAGGCUCCGCCGUUGGUCUCUGUGGACGCGGGGGGAGCGCGGCCUGCGGAGGAGAAGGCGCCCGCGGCGUCCAGCUGAGCCAUCGUCGCCGGUCCCCGGGGGACGUCGUGUCCGGGCGGUGGGGCGUGGGGCUCUCCGGGUCAUUCACCGCCUCCAGCCCCGGCCACAGUAGGAGAAGGUAGGCACAAUGCCUAAAAAAAAGACUGGUGCAAGGAAGAAGGCUGAAAGCCGUCGAGAACGUGAAAAACAGCUAAGAGCAGCAAGAAGCAAUAUCGAUUUAGCUAAACAUCCAUGUAACGCUUCAAUGGAAUGUGAUAAAUGUCAAAGACGACAGAAGAAUAGAGCAUUUUGUUACUUUUGUAAUUCUGUGCAGAAAUUACCACUGUGCGCACAAUGUGGAAAAACAAAAUGUAUGAUGAAGUCUUCAGACUGUGUAAUAAAGCAUGCUGGUGUAUAUAGUACUGGCCUUGCAAUGGUGGGUGCUAUCUGUGACUUCUGUGAAGCUUGGGUUUGCCAUGGGAGGAAAUGUCUGAGUACACAUGCUUGUACCUGCCCGCUUACUGAUGCAGAAUGUGUUGAAUGUGAAAGAGGCGUAUGGGACCAUGGAGGCAGAAUAUUCAGCUGCUCUUUUUGCCAUAACUUCCUGUGUGAAGAUGAUCAAUUUGAACAUCAAGCCAGCUGCCAGGUUUUGGAGGCAGAAACGUUUAAAUGUGUUUCCUGUAAUCGUCUGGGACAGCAUUCAUGCCUCCGUUGUAAGGCUUGUUUCUGUGAUGAUCAUACGAGGAGCAAAGUAUUUAAGCAAGAAAAAGGAAAACAACCUCCUUGUCCUAAAUGUGGACAUGAAACUCAAGAGACUAAGGAUCUGAGCAUGUCAACGCGCUCCUUGAAAUUUGGCCGGCAAACUGGGGGUGAAGAAGCAGAUGGAGCUUCUGGGUAUGAUGCCUAUUGGAAGAAUCUUGCAUCAGGAAAGUAUGGAGACACAGGAUACCGGGAAGAAGAAGAUGAUGACUAUGAAGCAGAGGAGGAGGAUGAGGAAGAAGAUGAAGGAGGAAAAGAUUCAGAUACAGAGACCACAGAUUUGUUCACUAAUUUGAAUUUAGGGAGGACCUAUGCCAGUGGAUAUGCUCAUUAUGAGGAACCUGAAGACUAAGAAGUACAUUUCUUGCACAUUGGUGGCAUAGUAUCUGACAGGAGUGUGUGUGUGUGUGUG